AUGAUUCAAUGGAAGAAGAAGAAGUCCCUAAAACUCCAGAGCGUGAUUUUCAUCCAAGAAGAAAUCUCCUGUCAAAUUGAUUUCGAGGAGAUAGGAAUUUUGAGUAGCUCUAUGAAAACUUCUACAGUGGACACAACUACUAUUCUUGGUGAUUUAAUAAAACCAUCGAUUCCUAAGCAGACUUCAGUUAUACCACCCGAGGUGUCGAUAACCAAGUCAUUUCAUGAGGAGGUUCGAACCUCAGGCAUUUCUACACACGUAUCUAAUAUGGAUGUUAAUGUCAAUAUGGGUGAAGGAGUCUCGAAAAAUGGUCACCCGGUGUCUACUCAAGGUAUUCGCGAAACAUCCGUCAUUACUACCACUACUUCCUUACCAUCCUUUGUAUCAACUGUUACUACUACUAUCCAUUCACCAACUUUUGAUCAAGUUAUGAAUCAACCCAUUACUUAUGUUUUUCCUUCUCAAUUCACUAAUCCACCCAAACUUGUUAAUGGUGAUGAGACUGAUGAUGAAGUAUUUGGAGGAUCAUUUCUUGAUCACGAAUUUGAUCAUGAGGAAGAAGUCAUCCCAAAUCACAUGCUAAUGUCAGGGAAACAGUUCAAGAUCCUCAAUAGAAAGCUCAACUCAUUGUUACAGUCACAAGUUGAUGUUGGAAGCAAACAUUCAGUAUUAGGAAUUGAAGUCGACAUUAUGCUCAAGGCUCAGGAGCAUCAACUUCAACAUAAGCUGGAUAGUUUAGACAAGACAAUAAACUCCAUGUCAAAGCUCAGUCUGAUACGUUCAAUAAUGAAAUCAAGGAGUUAA